AUGAAACCCAAGCGAACCCUGGAAACUCAACAAGACACGAAGGCACCAUCGAACCUGACCCCAGUGGGGAGCGCGGGCGGCCGCGGCGCGGAGAACCGGACGGGCGCCGAACCCCCCCUGCACCUUUUCCCCGCUCCCGUCCUCACCGGCAUCACCGUCGCCUGCGUCCUCCUCUUCGUCAUCGGGAUCAUCGGCAACCUCAUGACCAUGCUGGUGGUGUCGCGGUUCCGGGACAUGAGGACCACCACCAACUUCUACUUGUCCAGCAUGGCCUUCUCCGACCUGCUCAUCUUCCUCUGCAUGCCCCUGGACCUCUUCCGCCUCUGGCAGUACCGGCCCUGGAACUUCGGGGACCUCCUCUGCAAGCUCUUCCAGUUCGUCAGCGAGAGCUGCACCUACUCCACCAUCCUCAACAUCACCGCCCUCAGCGUGGAGCGGUACGUCGCCAUCUGCUUCCCCCUCCGAGCUAAAGUCAUCAUCACCAAGGGGAAGGUCAAGCUGGUCAUCCUCUUCCUCUGGGCCGUCUCCUUCAUUAGCGCCGGACCCAUCUUCGUCUUGGUGGGGGUCGAGCACGAGAAUGGCACCAACCCCCUGAGCACCAACGAGUGCCGAGCCACGGAGUACGCCAUCCGCUCGGGGCUCCUCACCAUCAUGGUCUGGACCUCCAGCAUCUUCUUUUUCCUGCCCGUGUUUUGCUUGACCGUGCUGUACAGCCUCAUCGGGAGGAAGCUCUGGAGGAGGAAGAGAAAGAACAUCGGUCCGAACGCUGUCAUCAGGGAUAAGAACAACAAGCAAACUGUGAAAAUGUUAGUUGUGGUGGUAUUUGCUUUCAUACUCUGCUGGUUGCCUUUUCACGUAGGACGAUAUUUAUUUUCCAAAUCCUUUGAAGCCGGAUCCCUGGAGAUAGCAGUGAUCAGCCAGUACUGCAACUUGGUGUCCUUUGUCCUCUUCUACCUUAGCGCGGCCAUCAACCCCAUCCUCUACAACAUCAUGUCCAAGAAGUACCGAGUGGCCGCGUGCCGGCUGUUUGGACUCAAACCCCUCCCCAAAAAAAGACUUUCCAGCACGAAGCAAGAAAGUUCGCGUGUUUGGACAGAACCGAGCGUUAUCACAUGACACGUGAUUUCCCGCGCCAGAGCGUCACUUACCAGUAUUUCCCAGAAAGCCAUAACGAAAGAGAAAGAGGGGGAGAAACUCAAAUCGAAACGUUAAAGCCGUACUUUUGUCAUCGUCUGGAUUUGCUGAAAGAUGUAAUGUAGGCAGUUCAAGCUUUUCAAAACAACAAACUAAACUUUGAGACUAUAAAAGGAGACACACGGUCACAGAAUUUGCCAACCCUCAAGUAUCGCUUCUCUGCUGCUUUUGCCCAUCUGA